AUGGGCAAGACUCAGCUGCAGCCCCGUGCCCUGUCACCGGGCACAGCAGGCCAGAUGUGGCCUGUGCACUGUGUGCUGGCUUUGGGGGAGGCCUCCUGCACCCAACUGCUGCACGUGGCCUUUGUCAGCACCUUCUGUGUGUUCACACCACCUACACCUUCCAGGGAGAGAGCUAGCUGUUCCUGCAGGCAGGCACUAAAGCAAGAGGAGAGCAGCUGGGAUGAAGCAGAAGUCAGGAAGCAGGCUGCAAUGUUCGAUCCUGACAACACUGGCUACAUCAGCACUGAGAAGUUCCGCUCCCUCCUCCAGAGACACGGCUCGGAGCUGGACCCCCACAAGCUGGAGGUGCUGCUGGCCCUGGCUGACAGCAACUCUGAGGGCAGGAUCUGCUACCAGGACUUCGUCAACCUGAUGAGCAACAAGAGGUCGAACAGUUUCCGCCAGGCCAUCCUGCAGGGGAACAGGAGGCUGUGCAGCAAGGCCCUGCUGGAGGAGACGGGGCUGAGCCUCUCGCAGAGGCUGAUCCGGCACGUGGCCUACGAGACUCUGCCGCGGGAGAUCGACCGCAAGUGGUACUACGACAGCUACACCUGCUGCCCCCCGCCCUGGUUCAUGAUCACCAUCACUAUUGUGGAGGUUGCCUUUUUUCUUUACAAUGGAGUGGUAUUAGACAGAUUUGUGCUGCAAGUCAGCCACCCCUUGUACCUGAAGAAUGCACUGCUGUACCAUCCCCAGCUCCGUGCUCAGGCUUGGAGGUACCUAACCUACAUAUUCAUGCAUGCAGGGAUAGAACACCUUGGACUCAACGUUGUCCUUCAGCUCCUGGUCGGGGUUCCCCUGGAGAUGGUGCACGGAGCGGCGAGGAUCAGCUUCGUGUACGUCGCAGGAGUUGUGGCAGGGUCCCUGGCAGUGUCAGUGGCUGACAUGAGGGCGCCGGUGGUGGGCUCCUCUGGAGGUGUGUAUGCUCUUGUCUCCGCUCACUUGGCCAAUAUAGUGAUGAACUGGUCUGGGAUGAAGUGCCAGUUCAAGCUGCUGCGCAUGGCUGUCGCCUUGAUCUGUAUGAGCUUUGAAUUCGGCAGAGCCGUGUGGCUGCGGUUCCACCCCUCGGCGUACCCGCCGUGCCCCCACCCCAGCUUCAUGGCCCACCUGGGAGGGGUCAUGGUGGGAAUCACCCUGGGAGUCGUCAUCCUGAGGAACUAUGAGCAGAGACUCCAAGAUCAGACUUUAUGGUGGAUCUUCCUUUCUAUUUAUGUCAUUUUUGUCUUGUUUGCCAUCUUCUGGAACAUUUUUGCCUACAGCCUGCUGGAUCUAAAGCUACCUCCCCCUCCCUGAAACCACGGGACAGAGAACUGGAGAGCGGAAAUCAUCUGUCAGCUGUGUGGCAUGAAUGGAGAUGGAGGAUCUAUUUUUGUGUUUAACUUAGGGGAGGAUGAUUCUUCUCAACACAAGCGUGUGCUGGAGGAGAUGCUUAAGGAUCUCAUGAAAGAAGGGGCUGAUCAGUUUGUCCACAAACCCAGCAGGUUCUGCAGUCCUGGCUGGCCGUGCCCUGUGGUUUGUGCCCUGCCCCUGGGCACUCACUGCCUGGACUGCUGGCACACAUCAACGUUCUGUAGGAGAUAUCUGUAUUUUCCAGGUCAGUGCUGGAAUUAGGGCCAAUUGCAGAGUGAAUCUCCUCACUGUUACUGGACACCAAAAGGGAAAAAGAGCAGACAUUUACUAAUUAGAGACUCACAUGGUACUCACAGGGCAGCUUGAGUCUGGUCUCUAUGGACACAUCUGACUGUUCAGCCAUACCAGUGCCACUGUCUAAUUACUUGAAUGGUUCUGAAGGUAUUUUAGCCUGUGGUGAAACUUGUCUUGCACAACUUUCAAAGGAAUCAGCAGAACUUGCUCACACAAAGUGAUGGAGACUGGGCUUCAACCA